CGAUAUCACGAUAUAAAUACAUUUCGACAUCCCUACAAAAAAAGUGUUAAUGUUAAUUUUUUGCAAGAACGUGAGUGUGAUAGCCCAGCCAACUGCGAAAGGAUUGCUGUGAAGCCCCCUCAGUGCGUUGACAGCCUGGUGAGCGCCAUCAAGUAGAAAAUCUCCUACGUUCCGCCUUUCCGUAUUCCCCCGACCAGUCACCCAGUCCCGGAACUCCCAGCCAAACGCCACAAGUAUGUCGGACUACAGCGAUCUGGAUCGCCAGAUUGAGCAGCUGAAGCGCUGCGAAAUCAUAAAGGAGAACGAGGUGAAGGCCCUCUGCGCCAAGGCUCGCGAGAUCCUGGUCGAGGAGGGUAAUGUGCAGCGCGUGGACUCGCCGGUGACGGUCUGCGGCGACAUACACGGCCAGUUCUACGACUUGAAGGAGUUGUUCAAGGUGGGCGGCGAUGUGCCCGAGAAGAACUACCUCUUCAUGGGCGACUUUGUUGAUCGCGGCUACUACAGCGUCGAGACGUUCCUGCUGUUGCUGGCACUGAAGGUGCGCUACCCGGAUCGCAUAACACUGAUCCGCGGCAACCACGAGUCGCGUCAGAUUACACAGGUGUACGGGUUCUAUGACGAGUGCCUGCGCAAGUACGGCUCCACGGCGGUGUGGCGCUACUGCACCGAAAUCUUCGACUACCUCAGCCUCUCGGCCAUCAUUGACGGCAAGAUAUUCUGCGUUCACGGCGGCCUCUCGCCCUCCAUUCAGUACCUAGACCAAAUUCGCAGCAUCGAUCGCAAGCAGGAGGUGCCGCACGACGGGCCCAUGUGCGACUUGCUCUGGAGCGACCCAGAGGAUCAGACCGGCUGGGGCGUGUCGCCGCGCGGCGCCGGCUACCUCUUUGGCUCGGAUGUCGUCUCCCAGUUCAAUCGUACCAACGAAAUCGACAUGAUCUGCCGUGCGCACCAACUGGUAAUGGAGGGCUUCAAAUGGCACUUCAACGAAACCGUCCUGACCGUCUGGUCAGCACCAAACUACUGCUACCGAUGCGGCAAUGUGGCCGCCAUUCUGGAACUGAACGAGUACCUGCAUCGCGAUUUUGUCAUCUUCGAGGCGGCUCCGCAGGAGAGCCGCGGCAUUCCCUCGAAGAAGCCCCAGGCUGACUACUUUCUCUAAGACGAGUACACAGCCGCCUUUCUCGGUUUCCCUCCCGCUGCUCCUGAUGCUGCUGCUGCUCCAGAUCCUUUUCUGGAUCCAGACCCAGGCCCAGCGCCUGGACCAGCUCCAGUUCUGGGCUCUGCUCCCGGUACCGCUGGGGAAACGAGUGUCCACCGGUGGCUGAGAUACAAAUCAUCUAAAGGAAAAGAAAACUGCCUGCCUGCCUAAGCAAUCGCGAGUGCAAACCACUGCAAUUGCGAAUGAAAAUCAAUUAUAACUUAAAACAGUAAGCUAAGCCACGACUUUGAGCCAGGGACUGGGGGCUGUGGGGUCUCCUCUCAAAGGUCACGACUUCCUUCUUCUAUUUUACUUUCAAAAUUUUAUUUGAACCUUCAGCCGUGUUCCUCCAUCUUGAAACAUUUUUUUUUUUAACGUCACUAGCAGUUUGCAAUUUUUUUGAUGUUUGUGUAAGGACCCUUUGACUUGCAUCUAGCUAAUAACUACUAGGAUUAAUGCCCCCUCGAGUUGCCCCGGAACUCGUCCGACAAAGAUGGAAUUUCUUCGAACAGAAACCCCCGUCUUUCUCACACGAAUUCCCUACCAAUUCGCGAGCGGAUCGUAUUUUACUUUUAGACAUAGUGUGUAAGUAAGUAUCCCGUGUCAGUGGAUGUUCCGGGAAUUGGGGGGGAUGGCCUGUCGCUGAUUAGCGACCAUAGAGAACAAAACGAAACAUAAGUAACGACUUGGCGCUCCUGUGGGCAGGUCUUCCCAGCUCAAUCCAAGCAAGAAACAGCCCAAGACAAGGCCAGGGCCGACAGAUCACCGCGGAUUGUGUGUUGCGGACUUCGGAGGAUCGCUGAGGAUGUGUUUAGUAAUUCGUAGCCAGUAAGUCUAGUUCUAGGUAAGACCCAGAGCGGGAUAUUAUACACAAAUAAUUAUAUAUACAUUAUACAUUUAUUUAAAUAAAGAUUGUAAGAAAAGACAA